AUGAACAACAGUAAAUACGUCACCCGCCGCUCCGCGUCGUCUACAUUCGCAGUCCCCACGACACCUUCCCGCAAUGUGGCAGCAAAUUUCAGCAAGUCCAUGGGCCCCAGCCCCGCCGUGCCUCGACCGAAUAUACGGCGUCCUUCUCUUCCCCGCCCUGAGUCCCCGCGCGUUGCUCCUCCGAAGUUGAGCUUGGGUGGCUCUACGGACCCCUUCCGCUGCCUCUAA